AUGAUGGUGAGGGCAAGAGAGAUGGUGCAAGGUCCCCGUUGCGUCGCGCUGUUGCUGCUCGUCUGCAUGGCUGCUCUCGUAGCUUCGGACACCACCGAUGGCCUCCUGCCGAACGGCAACUUCGAGGAGGCGCCGGACCGGUCGCAGAUGGACGGGACGAGGGUGACGGGCCGCUACGCGAUACCGCGGUGGGAGGCCUGCGGGUGCGUGGAGUACAUCUGCUCGGGCCAGAAGCAGGGGGACAUGGUGCUGCCGGUCCCCGAGGGCGCCCACGCCGUGCGGCUCGGCAACGACGCCUCCGUCCAGCAGCAGCUCAGCGUGACGCCGGGGACGCACUACGCGAUCACCUUCAGCGCGGCGCGCACCUGCGCCCAGGCCGAGAAGCUGAACGUGACGGUCGGGGCGCAGUCCGGCGAGCUCCCCAUCCAGACGGUGUACACCAGCAGCGGCUGGGACUCCUACUCCUGGGCGUUCGAGGCCAAGGAGAGCGUCGUAACGCUCACCGUCCACAACCCCGGAUAUGAUGAAGACGCCGCCUGCGGCCCCGUCGUCGACUCCUUCGCCAUCAGGACCCUCCUGCCACCACAAAGCAACGAAUAUAACAUGCUGAAGAACGGGGACUUCGAGGAGGGCCCGUACAUCUGCCCCAGCACGUCGUGCGGGGUGAUGGUGCCGCCCAUGGACGAGGACAGCUACUCCCCGCUGUUCCCGUGGGUGAUCCUGUCGUCGACCAAGUCCGUCCGGUACGUGGACGCGGCGCACUACGCGGUGCCGCAGGGCGCCCGGGCCGUGCAGCUGGUGUUCGGCGCGGAGAGCGCGCUGGUGCAGGAGGUGUGCACCGUGCCGGGGGUGUCUUACAGGAUGGAGUUCUCGAUCGGGGACGCGGCCGACGGGUGCACGGGCUCCCUCGCCGUGGAGGCGUACGCGGCGGGCGGGAGGGUGACGGUCCCGUACGAGUCCCAGGGCACGGGCGGGUUCACGCGCGGCGUGCUCGAGUUCACGGCGACGGAGGACCGGACGCGGGUGGUGUUCGUCAGCGCGAGCUACAACAUGAAGUCCGACGGCACGGUCUGCGGGCCCGUCGUCGACGACGCCUCGCUCGUCUGCGCGCAGAGCCACGCUCGCCGGCUGCUUCUGUGA